CCAGAGGUUUCUCGGAGAGGAAGACGCGGCUGUCUCCGGGACCAGUGAGCCCUGGCGCCGCCGCGGCCGCGGCCUCAGUAGCGGAGUAGGGCGGCGGCUGCGCCCCCACACCAUGGAGGGCAGCCCAGCCCCAGCCGCGGUAGCAGCCGACCUCCGCCGCUGCCCGCGCCGCUCCUGCCCCGUCCCGCUGCGGCUUUCUGGACGCCAUCUCCUCCUCGCCUCGAAGCCAACAUGAAGGAGACCCGGGGCUACGGAGGGAGUGCCCCCUUCUGCACCCGCCUCAACCACUCCUACACUGGCAUGUGGGCGCCCGAGCGCUCAGCCGAGGCGCGGGGCAACCUCACGCGCCCUCCAGGGUCCGGCGAGGAUUGCGGAUCGGUGUCCGUGGCCUUCCCGAUCACCAUGCUGCUCACGGGUUUCGUGGGCAACGCGCUGGCCAUGCUGCUAGUGUCGCGCAGCUACCGGCGCCGGGAGAGCAAGCGCAAGAAGUCCUUCCUGCUGUGCAUCGGCUGGCUCGCGCUUACCGACCUGGUCGGGCAGCUUCUCACCACCCCGGUGGUCAUCGUCGUGUACCUGUCCAAGCAGCGCUGGGAGCACCUCGACCCGUCGCGGCGGCUCUGCACCUUCUUCGGGCUGACCAUGACUGUGUUCGGGCUCUCCUCGCUGUUCAUCGCCAGCGCCAUGGCCGUCGAGCGGGCGCUGGCCAUCAGGGCGCCGCACUGGUACGCGAGCCACAUGAAGACGCGCGCCACCCGUGCUGUGCUGCUCGGUGUGUGGCUGGCCGUGCUCGCCUUCGCCCUGCUGCCGGUGCUGGGCGUGGGCCAGUACACGGUGCAGUGGCCCGGGACGUGGUGCUUCAUCAGCACCGGGCGAGGGGGCAACGGGACUAGCUCUUCGCAUAACUGGGGCAACCUUUUCUUCGCCUCUGCCUUUGCCUUCCUGGGGCUCUUGGCGCUGACAAUCACCUUUGCCUGCAACCUGGCCACCAUUAAGGCCCUGGUGUCCCGCUGCCGGGCCAAGGCCACGGCGUCUCAGUCCAGCGCCCAGUGGGGCCGCAUCACGACCGAGACGGCCAUUCAGCUCAUGGGGAUCAUGUGCGUGCUGUCGGUCUGCUGGUCUCCGCUACUGAUAAUGAUGUUGAAAAUGAUCUUCAAUCAGACAUCAGUUGAGCACUGCAAGACACACACGGAGAAGCAGAAAGAAUGCAACUUCUUCUUAAUAGCUGUUCGCCUGGCUUCACUGAACCAGAUCUUGGAUCCCUGGGUUUAUCUGCUGUUAAGAAAGAUCCUUCUUCGAAAGUUUUGCCAGAUCAGGUACCACACAGACAACUACGCAUCCAGCUCCACCUCCUUACCCUGCCAGUGUUCCUCAACCCUGAUGUGGAGUGACCAUUUGGAAAGAUAAUGAAAGAAUGGAGUUGGACAUUUUAUUGCAAUUCCUGCUUCCCUGAAUUUGUGUAUUUCUUCCCGCAUGAGAAGGAGAAUUAUAUAUUCUGAUUUGAUUAUUUCUUCAUUUUUAUCUUUUUAUUUUAAUGAUUGUUUUGUCAGUAAUACCCAUGGAGAUGGAUAUUUAUUAUUAUAAUCGAUGUCUUUGAAUAUUCAA